UGUAGUGUAGGCGAUAUGCGAUUUGGGCGACUGUACAAAAGCAAAAGCACGCACGAUCUGUCAAAUAUGCGUAGCAGGAAAACAGGGUUUUAUUAAAUUUAUUUUUGGUGCGUGUCUAUUACUAAUUUACAGGAAAGCUUUGAUGUAUUCAAUAUAACAAUUAUUUACUUUCACGUCCAUUAAUUUGUAUCGAUACAAAAUGUUAUCAUAAUGGCCACCUUCGAAAAUUGGUUGAACCGUAAAAAAGGUAAACACGGUGGUGAUUUGUUCAAGUUGGACAUUAAGAAUAAAACUCCUGAGCAGAAUAUAGUGGACAUUAUACAGGGCUUAUAUGUAAAAAAGCCAGUCCAGAAUGAAAUCUCACCGACGAGCAAGAGUGGGCCCUCAGAGUUCAGGACAGGGCUCCGAUGCACACCAAGAAAUAGCUCUGACAACCGCAGAUUGUCCUACUUAAAUGCCUUAGUCACACUUUUAUGUAAAGAAGAUAGGAGUAAUUUGGGUUUUACGGUUGAUGAGUUAAUGACAUGUAUUCGAAUAAGCCUAGUUGAUGAGUCUAUGCUAAUAAGAGCUGCAGCCCUAAGAGUGCUACGAUAUUUGAUAAACACGGAAAGUGAUGUUGCAACAUUCAACACACUAAAACUUCCAUACCUCGUCACAAGGUCUAUGGACCUUAUGCUCCGGAAUGAAGAGGAGCGCACACAAGCACUACGAGUGGUACGUCGUGUGAUCGGCGUUGUGGGCGCGGGUCAGUCCCGGCGGCAACGCGCGGCGUUUCUCGAACAUGGGCUGUUGCGUUGUCUUGCUGCUGUAGCCCGGGCGGGGUCAGCUACCGAUGGCACUGGUGAUCGGCUCGCCAGGCCCGCUAUCGCAACCCUCGCUGAAAUAUGUGUGUUAAACCCAGAAGUGUUCAUCAUGUGCGGCGGCGUCAACGCAGUGACGCGGCAGCUAGCGGAAUGCGCGACCCCUCGCAUGGCGGAAGCUUUGUGCGGAGUUUUACUCCACACGCUCAACCAGCCGGCGUCGCGCCGCGCGGCUCGCCUCGACCUUUCCUGCCUCGCCGCGCCAUACUGCGACUUCCACGUGCGACCCGCUGGCACUGACACCACUAGGGAUGAGCGUGAGAUGCGGUUCACAUGCAGUCGUCUCUCCCUGCUCUGCGUGCUGCGGAGUUGGCCCGGUCUGCUUCACUUCUGUCACCCAUACAGCUCGGGCGGGCUCAGGGCCCUAGUGGCCGCGCUAUAUCUGCCUCGGUUGGAGGUUCGAAAAGCGAUUUUGGAUUUGUUGUAUGAAUUGGUUGGGUUGCCGCAGCCCGAAUGGACGGACGAGAUUUCAGUGGCGUUAGAUGCUGUUGAUCCGUCUGAUUUUCAAGACUCAUGGCGACUGAACGAAGGUUUCGUUGCCGCAGAGGGCACUGCCAUAUUACCUCAUUUGAGUUCCACUGGUCCAGAUAUAACUGAGAUUCACCUGGCCCUUCUACUUCAGUGUUUCCUAGAGGCUGGUUUACUAGACGGGUUGGCUGAAGUGAUUGUUACAAGUGAUACAUUUAUAUCUGUCCGGGCGACUGUAUUAUUAGGUCAACUAUUGCAUUUAAUACACCUUUUUCUACCUCCUCAAUUAUGUAGUAUAACUCCGGCGCUCCCUUCGCUGAUGUCGCAAGCAUCAGCGGGGAAGCCGCAGGCCUUGGCAGCGGUCGCGGCGUUGCGUAGACUGCACACUAUGCUCGAAGCCCGACCCGCAAGCAACAGUUUGUUCCUAGACCACAUCAUUCAGUAUUGUAGUGGUGCAUUUAGAGAAAGAGAAGAAGACACGACGAAAAGCAGGAAGGAGAAAGACAACGCGAGUAUGGCGAAACCGAAACAGAACAUUUCGUUGUACAAGGAGAGCAGCAUGGAGUUUCUCGAUGAAUCUGACAAUGAGAAUGAGCCAAAGCAAAGGCACAGUAUCGGGUCUCGCGCCGAUGUCGCUACUAGGAAUGUGAGUGCGCUAGUGAAAAGCAAAAGUGUUAGUUCUCGGACUAGUGCGGCAGUGAGUAAAGUGACGAAAACGGCCAAGUUCCUGAACAUAUUCGAACGCGAGAGCGACAACCUGAUUCGGUGCACGCUCGUCAUGCAGAACAAGGACGGCAACACGUGGAAUUGGGAGAUCAUCCGGACUAUUCUGAAGGAGAGCGACGGCCCCCCUUUACUAAACCUGAGCGAGAGCGCGCACAAGGCGUGGGUGGCGCGCAUCAUGAACUACCUGCGGCCGUCGUCUAACAAGUACUCGCACACGGACCUGGCCGCGCCCGUGCACGCGUACGCCGCCACGCGCGCCGGCUGCCAGCUCGUGCGCCACCUGCUUGCGCACUAUGACGUCGACUCCCAAAGGAUGCUGGAAGAGCUGUUCUACGACGUGAGCCGUCAGAUCGAAGCAAUAGAGACGGGCCGGAAAGCGCACGAGUGUCUGUUCAGCCCCCAACACAUGUGUAACACUAUGUGCCAGAUGUACUUCCUGUUCAUCGGGCAGCUGUGUCACUCGCAGACCGGGCUACGACUGUUCAAGCAGACUAGGCUGUAUGAAAAUCUCCUUGAACUAUCAACGAAGACCCACCACAGUUGUUACGUAAAGCUGGUCAUAUCGAGUCUGGACUACACGUUAGACUCGUAUCCUCGCGACAUUCUUGCCAAAACCCUCACUUGCAACAUAGAAGCCUCAAGACUGUACGCAACUCAGUUCCUAAAUGUUCUUCUGCGAGCCUCGAGAAAGUCUCGAGAACUAGUCAGAAGAAAGUCCAAGUUGAAGAAGAAUUUCGUCCAAGAUCAUAUAAGAUCACAUAAAGAUGAUGGGGAUUCUCCCGGUGUUGAUAUGGACACGUGGAUACUGCAAAUGCUUGUUGGCCAAGUGAAGGAUGAGUCGAAAGUUGUCGUCAAGUGCGCUCUUUCGAUUUUGGAGGAAGCUUUCAGUGUCUCGACCUAUGUCGAGAAGAUGAUGCCAAUGAAAGACGUCCUAUGCCAGAACUGUAGACUGGAUAAAUCCGCGGAUCCUUCUACCCUGGAUUUCUCUGCCGUGGGCGACCGGGGGUACCUUCUAUGGUUGAACCUGGAGGUCGCAGCGGCAGCGCAAACGGGUGACUCGAAAGCCGUCGCUUUCCUCAAGAAACAUUUGGAUUUCUGGACCAAAAGUUACAAUUAUAGAUACGCGCGCCUGGUGGAGGCCGGGGUCCAAGAAGCGCUGACGCUGUGCGGCGAGGGCCGCGCGGGCGGCGGCGCGGGCGGGCCGGGCGCGGCGCGCGCGCGGCGGCCGGCGCGCGCGCCGCCGCACCUGCACGCCGCGCUGGCCGCGCGCCCCGCCGCGCCGCACGCGCGCGCCUUGCUGGCGCACACGCUGCCGCACCACUACAAGUACCUCCAGAAAAAGAAGUGCUCAACAGAGCAAGAAAUAUUCGACUUGAAAGCGUCAUUAUGGGCAGUGGGCAACACAGCGGUCACUUCUCAAGGGCUACAACAGCUGAUGAACCUCACUAACGGAUAUCUAGAAGAUUCGGUACCGGUGCAUAUAGUACGCCUGGCGAAAUACUGUCCGGUGUAUUCUGUCCGAGCGACCGCAUUCUACGUGCUCGGACUUAUCGGGAGCACUUAUGAUGGCGCGAACUUGCUUGCUGACCUUGGUUGGCUAUGUGUAAGACACACGAGACACGACCAAUUUCCAAUCAUACCUGACGAGACUUAUCUCAAUCUGGACGCGACACACAAUUCGGUCACCUCACCCGACCGCCGCUUCAACGCAUUCGAUGUGGAAGUGAGCGAACACUCAGACCUCACCGACCAGAGCGUCGCGGAAAGUUUACACUCGGAAUACACCAAGCAGAAAGAAGAACAAAAGGACCAAGACGUAGUCGACCACAAAAUGAGCUUCACAGACCGAAGAGAACCGGACAAGAGGAAGUCUCACACGCUUCCAAUUCAAGGCGCCUCUAGUUCGCACGAUCGGCCGACGUUGUCAGAAUCAAGAACUGUUGACAUAUUGAGGGAUUGCUCGAACUAUGAAAGACCUGUGCACACUCGGCCUGAGAACCGACUUCUGAUUGGAAGGAUGAACUCUUUGGAGCAAGCUCAUGAAGGCAGGGUCAGGAACACAAGCGAAUCGAGCACCAGCGGCGUUAGCAGUUGCGACUCGUUCCUUGGGAAAUAUGCUAUUCCCGAUAGAGUGCUAACUCUGAGCCCGAUCCCAAGCUCGUCGAGUCUGUACGGAAUGAAGAGCAGCAGUAGUUCCCAGCGACCGAAAAUAUCGGACUUACAACGCCGGACCUCCACGUCAAGUUUCACUGCCCCUGAUGUGGCUAGUUCACCUCCGUCGCAACUGGAUAUGACAGGUUACGCGACAUUGAAAUCACUGAACAAACAUAGAAGGCCCCAUUUAUCAGAAAGCGCGGCGACAUCUAGCGACAUUGACGAUUUGAGUUGGCUACUAACGGACUCAAAUCGUCGCUCGAAACCUUUCUCCUCACUUCGCGAUAGAGCUAAGUCUACAAGAGAGAGAAUGACUAAGAUGAGCCUGCUAGACUACGACUGGAAGCCACUAUCGGUGGCAGAAGGCCGGCAGUCCCCGCCGCCGCCGCCGCGAGCCGCCCGCCGCCCCGCGCCGCCGCCCGCGGCCCACCCGCCCGCUUACAUCGGCAUCUGCCUGCCCAGGGACCUGAUGGAGUUGUUUCCAAGGGAGGAUGAAGGGAAGGAAGAGGAGGGUGACAAAGAACAAUCAAAGCGUACUCGAGUGCCGUCAUUUCUGGUCGACUCGAGCAACGCUAGCACGGAGAACAAGUCGCGCGCCACGCCGGACAGCCAGAAACUAGCUGCUUAUAGAGGUGGUGACAUAGUGCGAUCAGCCGUCAACUUCGUAGCGAGUACGAUGACAGGCUGCGGCGGUCCAACCGUGACUGGCAGACUCGGCACCCUCACAGCUUCACGCGAGGCUAAUGUUGCCACCACAGACGCGCCCACUGUUGCCAAACCUACAGACACGAAAGCGCCUAGUACGACUACUAGCGAAACUGGUACGAAGUCAAGCGCGGCUGGAAGUGACGCGGGGACGACUUCGAGUAAAACCGGGGUGGUAACCAAGCCCGUGGUGAACACUAGUGCGCCCGCCAGUGAAACGGGUCACACUAGCGCCGCGGUGGUCAGGGUUGAUCGCUGGCGGCAUUCCACUGCGGACUGUUUGGCUUGCGUGCCUACGAGACCGCCUUCGUCGCAUGAGCUCCGCGAGGCGUUCUUUGCUGGAAUGGAUGCGUCGAUGGAGGCUGGUGGCAGCGCGUCACCUAUGCCGGAGCGGUCCCCGCAGGCUCAGGUUCUGCACCACGUGCACUUCAUGGCCAACCCUAUACAUUUGCGACAGACACGUUCGGCCCUCAUCUCUCUCAAGCAGCGUCACCCGGACGUGUUUCGCAGUCCAUGUGUAUAUUCCGACGUGUGCUCGUUGAUUGCCCGGGGAACGUACAUGCUAUGUGCCCGUCGGUUUCUUCACGAACUAUUCCUCGACGUAAACUUCGACUGCUUCGCCUCCGAGCCCGUCGCCGUACUAGCGAGACAUACUCCGCUGCCGUCACCAAGUACGUCGCGUACCCAAUAGUAUACAAUUAUACUGUACUACUCCAGUGCUAGGACGGGCGUUUCAUAGGGGUAAGUGACCGUGGGAGGUCUUAUUCGUCACAAAAUUAAAAGGUGAUUGUUAAGGCCACGCCUUCCACGGUGAUUUCUAGACUUUACCUAAAUGCUUGGCUAGGUAAUCGGUUUCGCGAUCGUAACACCAGCGGGUCUAUUUUGUAACUUUUACAUCUUGGACGGAUAACUGAGACCUGUCCAAAUCAAUUUAAUUGUGGUAAUUAUCAAACGUGGCCUGGUGCAAUAUUUUUGGGAUUCUAAGAUGACAGCUGCUUCUUUUAACAGAAAUUACGAAUAGGCCAUUUGAUAGACCGAGCGUAUUGUUUAGUUGCAAAAUAUGUCUGCUGGUCAUCUUUACAUGUAUCGCGAUCCCGGUCACUGAACCAGGUGUCUUACGAUCAUACCCGUAAGAUAGCAUGGUACAACGAGUUAUGCUCAAUCCUAUGAAAAACCGCCAUUUCUUGACGUAAGUGUUUUAUACAUGAGUGUUACCAUUAAAUUGGUAUCUCAAACAUUCCAAGGACUUAAAUUUUAUUGUUGAAAAUUAAGCGAAUUACUAACGAACUUAAUUAUCACUUGUUACAUAUAUAAAAAUCAUUAUAACUGUAAGUCUUUUACUAAAAGUUAAAAAUUGCCUUGCAAGGUAAAUUAAAAACAUCAGUCGCGCGUUUUAUUUUAUUUUUUUCAAAAUGGCAACGGAGCCUGAGAUGACGUCAGCGCAACUAACCUCGAAAUUUUAGCUGUCACUUUUGAGCAUACCUUGUUUUGUUGUACCAUGUAAGAUAGUACACCUAGCAUGGAAUAGUACACUUUAUUGGGCUAUGCGAUUGAGAAACCUUAAUGUUUGCCUAAGUGCAGGCAGACGUAUUUAUAAAAGAUUAUUUCUUAAGUCAUUGCGACUGUUGGCGUGAAAUAUAUAUGCUUUUUGCAUAAAUUGUGUCUGACCAAUGAUUUCUAUAAAUUGGCCAAAUUCAAUCUUAUGACACGACAGUCGUAAUACGUAUAAAUUGUGUUGACAUUUUCGUAAAUGUGCAUUUUUGAUAUGAUAAUUCGCAGCUCGCCUGCAAAAAGCUAAGUUCAGCUUUUAUUUAUUUAAUUAGUAAAUAUAACAGAGUUAUUAUCAUGGCAGGUUAUAUGUAACUACUAAUAGAAACGUGUCAAGAAAUUACUAAUGCUAUGCUUCGCGAGUCCAACAACACGUCGAGCUGGUUAUAAACGAUAUUAUUGUAAGCUUUUCAACAGUGAAGUCAUAUCAUCUUGACUUUUACUAUAUUUAUUGAAAGUUACUUCCCACUUUAGGAUAAAGUCAAUCUUUUGUAUAAUUUUGUAUAUAAAUGUUCACACUAAGAUCAGUGUAAAAAAUUAUGCAGAGUGCAGCCAUUACAAUAAAUUCAGCGUAUAGAAAGUCGCGAUGUUUAAAGCCUAUCUACAUAAUAUGCUUGAUAAAUUAUUUUAUUUUGUAAGAUAAGUUAUGUAAGGCUCCUAAUGUUAUGUAUUCGAUUGAAUCAGUUCCGUUUAAGUAUUUAACAACUUGUGUGGUAUAAGAUAUAGAACAUGUUCCUUGCUAACAUAUUUGUUUGCUUUGUUGAUCGAACUUAUUAAGUGAAUCUGAUGACUUGCAUUUAUAUUUUGUAAUAUAGUGGAGUGGGACGCCCCGUAUGUCCCAUCAGACCGUUCUCAAAUCACCUCCUUCCAUUACAAUAUGACAAUAGUGAUGACUACAGACUGAGUAUUCCACCAUUCCCUCUGACUACAACAGGUAAUUUUAGUGAUGUAUCCCACCUACGGCAACGAUACGAGAUGUUUCCUAAUAUAGUUUUUCAUAUUUAGAUGCAAAUUAUAGUCUUAAAUACACGAUUGUGUUCAAAUUGUUUCUUAUAUUUGCAUUUAAUUUCGUUAUUCACCUAUUUGAAUAGUUGUUAUUUAUAUGUAAACUCAAACAGAAUAGCAAUUUAUGUUAUUUUAAUGAUAUUGUAAGUAUUAUUCAUUAUAAGAGCAAGCUGGAUGACACAUAUUGCUGUUUGUUAUUUUCUUGUUAAUGUUCAAGGGUAAUAUGUUAUAGAUUAAGUUAGUUUUCUUUUCGUUUUUUUUAUUCUAGACUUUCUCCUUAAUAAGUCCUCAAAGACGCGACGCAGUAUUCCUACAGCCUAUUAGCACUAUCCCUGCUAGUUAUUGUAUCUAUACUACCUACUUAUACCUUCUCUGCAUUUAAGACCCUAGUGUAACCAACAUUUUUAGUUGUUGUGAAAUGGCAAAAUUCUGCAUCUGUGUUCUAAAUGUUUUAUUUCUUCAACUGCUAGUCCUUAUUUAAUAAACUUUUACUUUCAUACUGUCUAUCGGAAAACAAAAACCCAGAAAAUGUUACGGUAAUGUUUAGAACAACUGCACUAAUUUUUAACAUCAAUUUUUUGGUUGUUAUUUCAGUUAAUUCUAGUCUACAUACUUUUAACGAAAGUUAACAAAAAGAAACGCAAUCUAAUUAGUUAUCCACACAACCGCUUAAGACACUGAAAAUAAAAUAAUUUUGUUAUAAAACUUACUAGUUACAAAUAGGUAAGGUAUGUUUAAUUUUAUUAUAAGAAAUAUCGAAAUAUUUUUAUACGAAAGAGUUUAAUGAACGAAUUUUGUUAAGAGUUAGUGCAUAGUUCAUUAAAUAGUAACUUUUCUGGCCUAACAUGAGAAUUAUAAUACAAUAAACUAAUGUUAUUUUUUGAAAUCCUCAUAUUACUGUAUACAUGUAACGCAAAAGAAGUACUUGCAAUGUCACGCAUAUAGUUGUGUAUCUAUUGUACGAUUUUGAUAAAUGUGUGUGUUUGUACAUUAUGUUUCUGAAAAACAGAUACUAAAGAGCAAAAUGAAAUAUAGUGCCAUUGUACUGGUUCCUUAACAUAUUAUAACAAUGUUGCAAUAUUAUUACAGACUAUCAAUAUGUCACAUUCACUAUUCAGUAUAAUAAAAAACAUUAUUUUAUACUGUA